GCAUCCAGCCUGCCGAACAAGCUUGCUUUUAGGGUCAGGAACUGGUCUGACGAGAGAAUGGCAGUCCUGCCUGUAAACCGUCUCUAGGACUCUACGGCUGACGAUGAAUCCAUCUGGACUCCGGGCCCAACGGCGUAACACUGAGCAGGAGAAUGUGAAGACAUAUUUCAGGACCUUGUGAGUGCUACUAAACAUGUCUGAUAGUGUCGAUAUUGAAGAGAAACCACCGGCCCCUCCCUUGAGAAUGAACAGUAGUUCCCGAGACUCUUCAGCAGUAAAUCACGCAUCCAAACCGCUUCCAAUGGCUCCUGAGGAGAAAAACAAGAAGGCCCGCCUGCGCUCCAUCUUCCCUGGCGGAGACAAAACAAACAAAAAGAAGGAGAAGGAACGCCCUGAGAUUUCCCUCCCCUCGGACUUUGAACACACCAUUCAUGUUGGCUUUGAUGCUGUAACGGGAGAAUUCACAAACCGACUGCUGUCUUCUGGGCCUCCGGUCAGCCUUAGAACCUGCAGCGCAUUAUUUGACAAGAGUGCCAAAACAUCAGCGACAGAACCCCCGAUCGCACCGCCUGUGUCUGAGGAGGAGGAUGAGGAGGAGGAGGAAGAGGAGGAGGAGGAGGAAAACGAGGAUGACGACGACGAUGACGAGCUGCCUCCAGUCAUCGCCCCUCGACCCGAGCACACUAAAUCUAUCUACACUCGCUCUGUUAUGGAUCCACCGAAGCCCACUUCCCCAGUGAAGGAAGUCCUGACUCCACCCGAGUCGCAGGUCCAGCCCGAUAAUACCUCCAACACCAUGUACCGCCACACCGACCGGCAGAGGAAAAAGUCCAAAAUGACUGAUGAGGAGAUUUUGGAGAGACUCAGGAGUAUCGUGAGCGUGGGGGAUCCCAAAAAGAAGUAUACUCGCUUCGAGAAAAUAGGACAAGGAGCAUCUGGCACCGUCUACACUGCCAUCGACAUAGCGACUGGUCAGGAGGUGGCCAUCAAACAGAUGAACCUGCAGCAGCAGCCCAAGAAAGAGUUGAUCAUCAAUGAGAUCCUGGUGAUGAGGGAAAACAAAAACUCCAACAUAGUGAACUACCUGGACAGUUAUUUGGUUGGAGACGAGCUGUGGGUGGUGAUGGAGUAUCUGGCUGGAGGCUCGUUGACAGAUGUGGUGACGGAGACCUGCAUGGACGAGGGCCAGAUAGCUGCAGUCUGCAGAGAGUGUCUUCAAGCCUUGGACUUCCUGCACUCCAACCAGGUCAUCCACAGAGAUAUAAAAAGUGACAACAUCCUCCUGGGUAUGGAUGGAUCUGUCAAGCUUACCGACUUCGGCUUCUGCGCCCAGAUCACUCCAGAGCAGAACAAGCGCAGCACCAUGGUGGGAACACCCUACUGGAUGGCGCCGGAGGUGGUGACUCGGAAGGCUUACGGCCCCAAAGUGGACAUCUGGUCUCUGGGAAUCAUGGCGAUCGAGAUGGUGGAGGGAGAACCGCCUUAUCUUAACGAGAAUCCACUCAGGGCGCUCUACUUGAUAGCAACCAAUGGAACUCCGGAGCUGCAGAACCCUGAAAGGCUGUCGUCUGUCUUCAGGGACUUCCUGAACCGCUGUUUGGAGAUGGACGUGGACCGCAGAGGCUCGGCUAAGGAGUUGCUCCAGCAUUCCUUCCUCAAGCUGGCGAAGCCUCUGUCCAGCCUGACGCCUCUGAUUGUAGCUGCUAAGGAAGCCAUAAAGAACAGCAGUCGCUAAGGCUGGUCUCGCUGUCCGC